ACCACAGACACCACUGCAUCCUCUCCCCACACAAAAAAAGACCUAAUUACGUUUACUUUAGUUUUAUGGAAAUGGAGAAUAAGGGAGCAAUCCUUGAAGGAGGGACAGGUUAAGUAAUUGGAGGGCAAGGUGUGGAAUGUAAGUAAAGUAGAAGAGUUAGGAGGGAUAGGAGAUGAGAGAGAGCACAAACGUGAGACCAAAGAUCAGAAGAAGAAUUUGUUACAGAAAGUGUAUGUUCAUGCAUGUUCGUGUAUAUCUAUAUAUAAAUGUUUCUGUGCUUAAUUAUAUCCUGGGCAGGAGAUAAAGAUGGAAAAAAAAACAAAUAAAAAGUGCACAGCAGAGAACAAAAGAAAACCAACGAGGAAGCAAACCAGAGAUGAACAGCACACUGCACUAAGUGUGGAAUCAGUGACGUUCAAGGAUGUGGCUGUGGAAUUCACCCAGGAAGAGUGGGUACAAUUGAACCCAUCUCAGAAAAAAUUGUACAGGGAUGUGAUGCUGGAGAACUAUAGGAACUUGGUCUCUUUGGGAUUUGCAGUUUCCAAACCAAAUGUGAUUUGCCAGUUGGAAAGAAAGGAAGCAUCUUUGUUGCCAGAGGCAGAUAUUCCAAGAAGCAGCUGUCCAGAGACCAGAGAAUUUGCUGGAGAUAAACCUCUUGAAUGUAAUGGAUAUGGGAAAGCCUGGAGCAAGGUGCAUCUUGGUGUGUGUCAGACAAUUCAUAUUGGAGAUAAUCCUUAUGAAUGUGGUGAAUGUGGAAAGGCCUUCAGGAGUAAGACACAACUUACAGUGCAUCAGAGAAUUCAUACUGGAGAGAAACUUUAUGAAUGUAGUGAAUGUGGAAAGGCCUUCAAGAGUAAGUCAGAACUUACUGUGCAUCACAGAAUUCAUACUGGAGAGAAGCUUUAUGAAUGUAAGGCGUGUGGGAAGGCUUUCCCCUAUAACUCAUAUCUCAUUAAACAUCAAAAAAUUCAUACUGGAGAGAAACCUUAUAAAUGUAGUGAAUGUGGAAAGGCCUUCAGGAUUAAGAAACAGCUUAGAAUGCAUCAGAGAAUUCACACUGGAGAGAAACAUUAUGAAUGUAGUGAAUGUGGGAAGGCCUUCAAGAAAAAGCGAAAUCACACUGUGCAUCAGAAAAUUCAUACUGGAGAGAAACCUUAUGAGUGUACUGAAUGUGGAAAGGCCUUCAGGAAUAAAGAUCAUCUUAUAGUACAUCAGAGAAUUCAUACUGGAGAAAAACCUUAUGAAUGUAGGGAAUGUGGAAAGGCUUUCAGCAGUAAGGAUCAUCUUAUAGUGCAUCAGAGAAUUCAUACAGGAGAGAAACCUUAUGAAUGUGGUGAAUGUAAAAAGGCCUUUAGGAGUAAGGGAAAUCAUACUGUGCAUCAGAGAAUUCAUACUGGAGAGAAGCCUUAUGAAUGUAGUGAAUGUGGGAAGGCCUUCAAGAGUAAGUCAGAGCUUACUGUGCAUCAGAGAGUUCAUACUGGAGAGAAACCUUAUGAAUGCAGUCAAUGUGGGAAGGCCUUCAGGAGUAAGUCAGAGCUUAACGUGCAUCAGAGAGUUCAUACUGGAGAGAAACCUUAUGAGUGUAGUGAAUGUGGGAAGGCCUUCAAGAGUAAGUCAGAGCUUACUGUGCAUCAGAGAAUUCAUACUGGAGAGAAACCUUAUGAAUGUAGUGAAUGUGGGAAGGCCUUCAGGAGUAAGUCAGAGCUUAACGUGCAUCAGAGAGUUCAUACUGGAGAGAAACCUUAUGAGUGUAUUGAAUGUGAGAAGGCCUUCAAGAGUAACUCAGAGCUUAACGUGCAUCAGAGAGUUCAUACUGGAGAGAAACCUUAUGAAUGUAGGCAAUGUGGAAAGGCUUUCAGCAGUAAGGAUCAUGUUAUAGUGCAUCAGAGAGUUCAUACUGGAGUAGACAAACCUUAUGAAUGUCGUGAAUGUGGGAAGGCCUUCAGGAAAAAGUUUGAGGUUGCCAUGCAUCAGAAAAUUCAUACUGGAGAGAAACCUUAUGAACAGAAACUUUGCACAUGUAGUGAAUGUGGGAAGGCCUUCAUGUGUAACUCAAAACUUAUAGUGCAUCAGAGAAUUCAUACUGGAGAGAAACCUUAUGAAUGUCAUAAAUGUGGAAAGUCCUUUACCAGAAAGGUACAUCUUAACAUGCAUCAGCCAAUUCAUAUUGGUAACUUUCUUUUUGAAUGUAAGGAGUGUGGGAAGGCUUUCACAUAAAACUCAGAACUUAUUCGACAUCAAAUAAUUCAUACUGGAGAAAAAACUUAUCAGUGCAUUGAAUGUGGGAAGGCCUUCUUGAGGAAGGCACAUCUUACUAGGCAUCAGAGAAUUCAUACUGGAGAAAAACCUUAUGAAUGUAGUAAAUGUGGGAAAGCCUUCAGGAUUAAGUUAGAGCUUACUGUGCAUCAGAGAAUUCAUACUGGAAAGAUGCUUUAUGAAUGUAAGGAGUGUGGGAAGGCUUUCCCCUACAAUUCAUAUCUUACUCGACAUCAAAAAGUUCAUACUAGAGAGAAACCUUAUGAAUGUAGUGAAUGUGGGAGGACCUUCAGGAUUAAGUCAGAGCUUACUGUGCAUCAGAGAAUUCACACUGGAGCGAAACUUUAUGAGUGUAAGGAGUGUGGGAAGGCUUUCCCCUAUAACUCAUAUCUUACUCAACAUCAAAAAAUUCAUACUAGAGAAAAACCUAAAACGUAUGAAUGCAGUGAAUGUGGAAAGGCCUUCAGGAUUCAGAAACAACUUACAAUACAUCAGAGAGUUCACACUGGAGAGAAAUCUUACGAAUGUAGUGAAUGUGGGAAGGCCUUCACAUGUAACUCAAAACUUACAGUGCAUGAGAGAAUUCAUACUGGAGAGAAACCUUAUGCAUGUAGUGAAUGUGGAAAGGCCUUCAGAAGAAAGGCACAUCUUAAUGUGCAUCAGCAAAUUCAUGUUGGUAACUUUCUUUUUGAAUGUAAGGAGUGUGGGAAGGCCUUCAGGACGAAAGCUCGUCAUACUGAGCAUCAGAGAAUUCAUACUGGAGAGAAACCUUAUGAAUGUAAUGAAUGUGGAAAGGCUUUUAGGACUAAAGCAGGUCAUACUGAUCAUCAGAAAAUUCAUGCUGGAGAUCCACCUUGCAAAUGUAGUGAAUGUGGGAAGGCCUUCACAUGUAACUCAAAACUUACAGUGCAUGAAAGAAUUCAUACUGGAGAGAAACCUUAUGCAUGUAGUGAAUGUGGAAAGGCCUUCAAGAGUAAAACACAAUUUAUUGUGCAUCAGAAAAUUCACAUUGGUGACAUUCUUUUUGAAUGUAAGGAGUGUGGGAAGGCUUUCCUGUAUAACUCAGAACUUAUUCGACAUCAAAGAAUUCAUACUGGAGAGAAACCUUAUGAAUGUGGUCAGUGUCAGAAGGCUUUCCAGAGAAAGGCGUCUCUUACUGUGCAUCAGAAAAUUCAUUCUUGAGACAUUCUUUAUGAAUGUAAAGAGUGUGGGAAGACUUUCCUCUACAGCUCAGAUGUUAUGACCAAAAAAAUUCAUACUGGAGAGAAACCUUAUCAAUGCACUGUAUGUGGGAACAUUUUCAGAGUGAACAUAGAGCUUACUCAACACCAAAAAAUUCAUUCAGGAGAGAAACCUUAAAUGUUUAAUGCAUGUAGGAAGGCCUUUAGACUGAGGAUACUACUUUAUGUCCAUCAGAGAAUUUAUGAUUCCUCAUGAAUGUAAGGAGUGUGGGAAGGCCUUCCAUUGCAACUCACAUCUUAUUAAACAUCAAAAAUUGAUGCUGGAAAAAAAACCCUAUGUAUAUAGUGAAUGUGAGAAGGCUUUCAGAAAGAAGUUACACCUUACUGUGCAUUAGAGAAUUCACAUUGGAGAAAUUCUCUAUGAAUACGAGUAGUGUAGGAAGACCUUCUUUCACAAAUCAGAUGUUACUCAACUUCAGAUCAUACCUUAUGAAUGUAAUGUACAUGGAAAGGGCUUUCACUUGAGUGUAGAUCUUACUCAGUAUUAGAGCAUUCAUACUGAAGAAAGAUGUUAUGAAUGCAGUGAAUGUGAGAAGACCUUCAGGCUGAAACACAACUUGCUCAACAUCAAAGAAUUAAUUCUGGAGGGAAACCUUUUGAAUUUGGGAAAGCCUUUAGACAAAGGACCUACUUCAUGUCCAUCAGAGAAUUCAUGCUAGAGUGAUUCUUCAUGAAUAUAAGGAGUGUGUGAAGAUCCCACCGGCUGAUUACACUGUGAUUCUGCGUCCCUAGAUGUAGUUCAGAGAAUCUUAAGACUGCAUGGGAGAAGAUAUCUCCCCCCCCCACCCUACCCCACCCCACCCCACCCCACCCCUGCACAGAUCUCUAAAGGGGUAAAGAGUUAGUGUUAUCCUCUCAUGGGCCUUCAGGGAGAGAGCUUAUGCUGGUUGAGUCAGAGAUUACUGAGUGGAGAGCCUUAGUACUAACUUUGAUCCAUGGGAAUAUGGUGUGCAAGAUGCUUGGGGUUUAGCUCUUGGCCAUCAGAUGAGCCUGAGUCUAAUGAGUGAUGAAUUAUUGUUGACAGUGCUUGAGGAAUAAAGCAUAAUCUGAUAAAUCAUUA